CGCAAGGUACCACACAACCCUGGCUCGUCGGUAGAGAGAAUAAUUUAUGUGUGCAAGUGGUGCCGAAUAUAAUUACAGUAUUUCCGCAAUAUAUCGAGUGCAAUUCGAAUCUGUUCGUGGCAAAUUGGACGCCCGCAUUUAGCCAGGUGUGUUUACCGCUAGCUGCUCCACCUUGGGCCGCUUCUAAAGUCGUUCACAGCGCGCGGCAAGCCGCUAAACGAGUAGCAUCGCGGUAGCGUCAUUGCUGUACUAAAACCUAAAAAUCGCCGUGCUCGUAUUCCGCCAUUUUGAAAGCUGCGUUUGGAAUUUGGACGCGUUGCUGGAUUCUCGAUUUCAAUAUGAAGCGCCAAAAAUGAUUGCAGCGUUUGCAUCGUAGUCUUGAAAACGUUUUUUUCAUUGAUUUAAUUAGAGCCACGGCAAGCGGUUGACGGCCUCGCAGUUAGUACCACUUCCAUACCAGCUUGCGCCCAGCGCCCCUCCAAACAAACACCAAUAACAACAACAACAACAGAAACCCGCAGAGAAUCAAAAAGAAUUACAGCCGAGAUAGUUAAGGGCGAGUAGAGGAGUGGAUAACCAAGAAACAGAUACAAAUUCUGACAAAAUGGACAAAAACCUGAUGAUGCCGAAGCGUUCGCGGAUCGAUGUCAAGGGCAGUUUCGCCAACGGACCGCUACAGGCUCGUCCGCUGGUGGCUCUACUGGACGGACGCGAUUGCUCCAUCGAGAUGCCCAUCCUAAAGGAUGUGGCAACGGUGGCCUUUUGCGAUGCACAGAGCACCUCCGAAAUACACGAGAAGGUACUCAACGAGGCAGUGGGCGCUCUGAUGUGGCACACAAUCGUCCUCACAAAGGAGGACUUGGAGAAGUUCAAAGCUUUACGCAUCAUUGUACGCAUCGGCAGCGGCACAGACAACAUUGACGUAAAGGCGGCGGGCGAACUGGGCAUCGCCGUUUGCAACGUUCCCGGCUACGGAGUCGAGGAGGUGGCGGACACGACGAUGUGCUUGAUCCUCAACCUCUACCGGCGGACCUACUGGCUCGCGAAUAUGGUGCGAGAGGGCAAAAAGUUCACUGGACCCGAGCAAGUUAGGGAGGCAGCGCAUGGCUGUGCACGCAUUCGGGGUGAUACGUUGGGCCUGGUGGGACUGGGCCGGAUCGGUAGUGCCGUGGCUUUGAGGGCAAAAGCUUUCGGCUUCAAUGUCAUCUUUUAUGAUCCCUACCUGCCCGACGGCAUCGACAAGUCCCUGGGUCUCACCCGAGUCUACACGCUGCAGGAUCUGCUUUUCCAGUCCGACUGCGUAUCACUGCAUUGUACGCUUAACGAGCACAACCAUCAUUUAAUUAAUGAAUUCACAAUUAAACAGAUGCGACCUGGUGCAUUUCUGGUGAACACCGCCCGAGGCGGUCUGGUUGAUGACGAGACUCUGGCGUUGGCGCUGAAGCAGGGACGCAUUAGAGCCGCUGCGUUGGAUGUCCAUGAAAACGAACCUUACAAUGUAUUUCAAGGCGCUUUGAAGGAUGCCCCAAAUCUGAUUUGUACACCACAUGCCGCCUUCUUCAGCGACGCGUCCGCCACCGAGUUGCGGGAAAUGGCUGCCACCGAGAUCCGGCGGGCAAUCGUCGGCAAUAUUCCAGACGUGCUUAGGAACUGCGUCAAUAAGGAGUACUUCAUGCGCACGCCGCCCACUGCUGCCGCUGGGGGCGUGGCGGCGGCUGUUUAUCCCGAAGGAUUAAAUGGCGGCUAUUAUACAGGCGCACUGCAUCAUCGGGCACACAGCACCACGCCGCACGAGGGGCCCCACAGUACCACCAACCUGGCUGCUGCUGCUGCUGCCGCCGCUGCUCUGGCGCCGCCGCCUCCUGGCAGCAACUCCUCCUCCUCCUCGGUGGCCGCUGCUGCAGCUGCGGUUGCUGCCGCGGCAGCUGCCGCUGCCCUUUUGCCGGUACCGUCGCCGGUUCCGCAGGUUCCAUCGAACUCCGUGCCCUCGGUGCCGCAUCUGUCGCCCCAGGUCGCCGGAUUGCCGCUGGGAAUUGUGAGUAGCCAAUCGCCCCUGAGUGCGCCCGACCCUAAUAAUCAUCUGUCGUCGAGCAUAAAAACGGAGGUGAAGACCGAGUCAACGGAGGCGCCGUAGGCAGACCUUCAUAAAGCUGGAGGAACUGGAUCUGGGAGCUGGAGCUGGAGCUGAGCUAGGAGCUGGUAUGGAGUAAUGACAACGGACACUGGUGCAGUGGAGUGGUGCAGAUAGCCAACAUUAAAUCUGCAGAGAGAUUCCCCUUGCACGCGGGCGCCAGCACUUGAUUUGAAUUUUUCCACGUUUCUAUGUGUUUAUUUAAAAAACUAAAAACAACAAAAAACAAAAAAUACCAUACACAUUUGCAUUACCAAGCCUCAAAAACGAAACAACAACAACAUUAAACAAGCAACGCAGGAAGUCGAGGAGGAGGAUUAUGAUAAGGAGAGGUUCCCACAACACGCCUCAAAAUUAACUACAUAUUUAGAAUUUAAUUUGUAACUAUUUGUAAUUUAACAGUUACAAUUUAAGUAAUUUUUAUUUGUAUUGCAGCAAAUUGUAAGUGAAAAGAUAUGUUACUACAUAUAAGCGCAAAAACAAAUGCAAAAAUGUUGGAAAAUUUUAAUAACGUGAAACAAGAAAGAUUAUGGCAUAAAAAAAAAGAUAAAAACAAAAACACUAGAAACAAAAGCAACACACAAGAGAGACGUUUAGUGCUAAGAUACGUUUAAAGUACAUAAUAAUAAAAAAAAAAGGAAUACAAAAAACA